CUUACCUGCGUCACAUCGAUUCUCGAUCCUCGAGCGCACAUGGCACCAACACGCGACUGCAGCAUGUCCCCUUCAGUCUGCCACACUGGCACCAGCGUCUUCAACACGCCACCACGGCUAUCAACAGCCAAUACGGACUCUGCUGCGCCUUUCGACACUCCCAUGUUCACCCCCUCCCCUUUGCGGACGCGACAUAUCUUCCAGUCAGCCGCACAACAGAGCGAUCUGGACGACUUUUUCCGCUCGCCGUUAAAAUCCCCAACACCAAUCCAUAGUCAUUUCUCGCAUCGUAAUCCAGAGCCUGAUCCUAUACUCAUGGAGGAUGAAGACGGUGAAAUGUUCUUCUCUUCCCCCUCUCCAGGCGUCUCCCCUGUGGUCACCGCCUCGUCCUCGCCGCCUCUAUGCACUCCAUUGAAGGAGGAGCAUAGAAUAGGCUCACGCUUCAUUCUCGGUCAGAAGCACCUGAAUGCGACCGCGUCUACCCCCGCUGUUCCCUCCUCGCGCAGUGGCCUGGGCAUAAAGCGGAAAUCGUUCAAUCAAUCUGCCGGCUGUUCAACACCCGUGCUCAAGCCGACUCCGACUCCUUUGUCUAUCUCAGCAGCGCAUGCCGACCCUGCUUCGGGAGUGGCAUUCCAUCGUCUCGCCCCAUUGCCAGCACCCCGUUUCGUCGCGCAUACACCCCAGUCAAGAGCCGAGACAGAAGCAUACAUGAAGACUCAAGCCGAGACAAUGACAAACCUGCGGAUACGAGACGCUCGUAAUUCAGACGAGGAGUGGGGUUUCAUUGAUGAUGACUCAGGAUGCGAGGUUGAAGACGAGACACGCGUCAAGGGGCGCAAACUGUUCCUCAACAAGCUCCCUUCCCUCAACUCCAUCAGAAAGUCAAAGUCCAGACACUUCAGCCCCAGGAAACCGCUCGUCGUUGACACCAUUCCUCAGAAGGGCAACUUCCAAGAUGAGGUAACUGAGGCGGUUUCCCCAGAAGGCCAUAUCCUCAAACGUCGCGCCCGGUCUCGCCCCGUUUCAUCGGAGUUGCUGGAGAGCGCCUCGACGCCUUCUCCGCCAAGGGCACAGGCGACUGCGGUUCCUCGACGUGGAGCGGUUGGCUUUCCACGUGCCUCAGAGGGGCGCCCUACUUCCAUUGUUCUGUCCUCCCCUGAGCCAGACUCUCCAAGUGUUUUUAAGGAGCGUAGGCCAGGGAAUGGGCUCAGCCCAUUCAUUCCACCGACUCAGCCAGCGCAACAACGGCGUGCACCUCUCGAUCGUCUUGCGAGCUCCAGCUCUGCUACCCUUUUCUUCGGUCCUGCGAUACCAUCUCCUCACAAGCCACGUUCCAGGACAACUACAAUGUCAUCAAAUGCCUCUAGCUCGCAAACCCUUCAACCUGGCUCGUCGCGACCUAGCAUAUCAAAUCGGCACAGCUACUCAGGCCUACAGGGCUUUGUUUCACCUGAUUCCUGGAAACUUCGAAACCCUCAGCCUGUCUCCCCCACUUCAUCGUCCAGCUCUAACCCUCCGGAGGAUAGCAUGAUUGAAGAUGACGACGACGAAAUGUUCUUCAAUGGUCCUCAGAAUGCCACUUGGACGUUCGGGAUGACCGCAGAAACGCCUUCUCCUCGGUCGAAGUCUGGGCAGCAUUUGCUUGCGACAAAAUUCAAGCCUAGAGACUCAGGUGUCGUGCUUUCUGAUGACGAGGGCCGUAAUGAUCCCAGUCGUUUCUUUACGAUCAGCAGCACCAGUACCCUCCAGUCAGAUGUAGAUGAUCUGGUAACACCUGGUGCCGGUCCUUCUAUGUCCUCUGGUUGGCCAGGCUUUAUCCAUAUCGCUGGCCUGGACGGUGGGCUCCAGCUUGCUGGUGAUAGCCAAGUCGAUACAGACGUCCUCAUCCUGCACGCCCUUACUUCAAGUGGUGACAUGCCCGAGGAUAGCUCAAAGAGGCCUCCAGGCACUCCAGUCAAGAAGACCAAAGCCGCAAUUGGGCGUAACAAGCCGUGGCAAAGCGCCGUUGCUUCCAAGGUUGGCCUCAAAUUUGAAUUCGGCAACGCGGGCAGCAAGAUCAAGAGCAAGCCUCGGAAGAGUUUGCCUGCGGCGUUCCCCAUCCUAGGUCCCAGGAAAGACCGGAAGAUUAACCUGGCCGAAUCUGACACCGAUGAAGACGAUGAAAACCAGAGUCCGAGCUCGCGAAAGGAUACUCGUUACGACGGUCUUGGGAUGGGGUUGCCCCCGGUCUCUGGAGGUCGGAGUCGGUUUUUGAUGAGGAGGAGUAGCAGCAGUGCUUUCUCCAGCGGCAGUGACAUAUCUGUUCAGACGCCUACGCGUCGUUCUGAAGGACAUUCCUUGUUGGCUAAUACCAAGUCGUCGCUUUGGCCUCACAGUAGGACUGCCUCGAGGUCCUCGUCCAUCAGCUCGAUUACUACUCUUGACUCCCCGACUAUGGGUCGCCACCAGCUUAUGUCUAUCUCACCUGUCCGGCGACCGCAAAUAUCUCCUUUGGUCCCCACCUCCCGUACAUCUGGCAGCGAUAAACCCGGUCGUUUUGAGCGCGACUUCGUCGAGAUCGAAGAAGUCGGUAGCGGGGAGUUUGGUAAGGUGAUGAAGGUCCGGGGAAAGACCGGUCUUGCCGCCAAUCAGGUUUGGGCGGUGAAGAAAUCGAAAGUUUUCGAGGGGGCCCGGCAUCGGCUGCGCUUGCGUGAAGAGGUCGACGUCCUCCAACACUUGUCAGAAGCCGCUGCAACCGCUGGCUACCGUAUGGAGCGGCAUCCCAACGUCCUCGGGUACCUAGACAGCUGGGAACAAGAAGACACGCUGUUCAUCCGUACGGAGCUUUGCGAGCUAGGCAACUUUGCACACUUCCUCUUGAAAUUCGGACGGUCUUCCCCUAAGCUCGAUGAAGCUCGCGUCUGGCGGAUUCUCGCGGACUUGAGCGAUGGACUUCGCUUCAUCCACAAUGCUAGCGUCAUCCACCUUGACCUCAAGCCUGCGAAUAUCUUCAUUACUCGGGAAGGGCGCUUUAAGAUCGGCGACUUCGGCAUGGCUACCAUCUGGCCAGGGACGAGCCGUCAGCCUGACCGCGAGGGCGACAAAUUGUAUAUGGCCCGCGAGCUUAUGCACGGUGGAUGUAGCCCUGCUGCGGAUAUCUUCAGUCUGGGCAUGACGAUGCUGGAAGCCGCCACCAACAUCAUCGUUCCUGGCCAAGGGGAAGGCUGGCAGCGUCUCCGCUCCGACGACUUCUCCCAAAUCAACCUGUCCGACAGUCCCGAGCUCUUGGACCUCCUGCAAAGCAUGAUGCGCGAGGAUCAUGCUUCACGCCUCGACGCAAACCAAGUUUACAGCCAUCCGGUCGUGCAACGCACUAGAGUUGCCAUGAAACGGAUGGAAGACGACGCGCGCCGGAGCUCGCAGCCUCUCUUCAAUGCCUCUCCUCUCGGCAAAGUGUCACCCGGCUUUCUUGAAGAAAUCCUCGGGCGGCCUGCGGAGGAUGAUGGCCUAGACAUGGACGUGGAUUUCUCAUAGCUGCUCGGCGUCGGCAGCAUCUUGCUCUUCUUGGGUUAUCAGUGGAUACCUUUGCUUGACUUAUCACUCUUUCUCUUGGGACACCCGACUUCGUUCUCCGUGCUUACUACGUUCUCAUGCUUUUCCGUUUUCUGUUCUCUAUGUUGUUUGACUAUCACACUUCACAAUUGCACCUUGCAUCUGCGGCUCCUAAACAUACAUAUCAUACAGCCCACUCCAUCCGCUCGAGUUCUCUACGCAUAUAACAUAUAAUGAUACCAGCCCCAUCGCCCCCGUAUACGUACAGCUACGCUUGCCCUGCCAUGACCUGCAUUUUCUUCUUUUUGACGCUUUCCUCCGCUGAAAUAUACGUCCCCCCUAGGCUCACACACCCACAUGUCUCCUUGGAAUUCUCUGUUGUUCAUCAGUGUUAUCGCGCUACCCAUGUAGAUAAUAUUUAGUUACCCGCGGGGCCUCUGGCUUGCCCCGGUUCUAUGUCACGCAUGCAUGUUCACGAAAGAACGCCACUAAUAC